UCUAAGAUACGAACCCAUUCGAACUGAUCCUAAGUUCAGAUACAUUUGCAUCUCAAAUCGAAUCGAAUCGAAUCCGAUCGCCAUGGAGUUCAACAAUCGUCUGCUGCUGAAAAUCAUUGAGCUGGCCAUCGCCAUUGCCUGCAUUGUGAUGUACGAGGUGGAUGGAGCCCUCUCAUCGCGUCCCCUGAUCGUCUGCGGCACCAUCGGCGGCUUCACGAUCAUCUGCGGCGUUCUGCUGAUCGGUCAUGUGAUCAACUCUCUGGUGGAGAAGCGCCUCAAUGCCUUGAUCUCCCUGAUCGGCUGCAUUCUGUUUGUGGCCUCUGGGGCCCUGGUCAUCGAUGAGUGGCAUGAUGCCGUGCUGCAGAAGGAUAGGAAGCGCAACGCCAUCGCCGCCGGUUCCCUGAUGAUCAUCAACGGUGCCGUCUUCCUCCUCGACACCCUCUCCAUCUGCCGAACGUAAAGAGUUGUUCUUCUCCAACCAAUCACUUAUGCAUCCAUAAACACGCUUCGUCGUUGUCUAAAAUUCUCAUGGCUUCUGUGUGGAUCGUCGUAAAUGCGCUGAGAAGAGAGAAAAUGAAUCUAUGUAUACCUAUUCCCCCCCCCAGUGUAUUUUUUUUGUUUGUUUUUGAUACCAUUAUAUUUAUACAUACAAUAUAGCUUUAUAUGCAUAAAUGUAUGUACAAGAGUAUCUAUCCAUUUGUGUAGCACUUAAGCUAAUCUCAGAUACGCACGAAUCAGAAACAGAAACAGAAUCAGAAUCAUAAAUGUAACGAACAAAGGGCAUUCUCUUGAAAAAAUGAAUAUCAAAUUAUUUACAGGAAUCCAUUAAAUAUAUGCACACAUACAACAUA